AUGUCACCACACAGAGCUAUUGUGAAAAAUACAAAUCUACCGCCAGAUAUGCAAGAUCAAGCAGUAAAGGCAUGCUUGAAAGCAAUGACAACGUGUAGACAUGAUAAAGAUGUCGCUGCUGCUAUAAGGAAUACAUUUAAUCAAAAGUAUGGACGCACAUGGCAUUGUAUUGUUGGAGGUAGUUUUGGCAGUAAUGUGAGUCAUAUAGACACAGGACUGAUUUACUUCUUUAUGGGACAAAAAUCGAUCUUGCUGUUUAGAUCAGAAAAAAGUAAUGUAUGAUAACAAAUAUCAAGCGAUGAAAAUCUCCCAAUUCAUUUUGAUAGAACCUUCAAAUGUUUUUUUAGAUCAAAUUACUGAAAAUUUUAUAAAUAUAUAUUAUGUAUGAAA